AUGAAGUUGAGCAAUGAUUCGUGUGAUGCAGUUAAAAAUAAGUCAGAUGCUGAGUCAGAUCUUUUUGCUUCAGACAGCGAGGACGAUCAAGAAGCCGAGCGUAUCAGGCGUGAAAGAGAAGCCGCAUACCUUGCGAAAAAAUCUACAAAACCUGUUGUAGUAGCGAAAUCAAGCAUCAUCCUCGAUGUGAAGCCGUGGAGUGAUGAAGUAGAUAUGGAAGAACUUACUACUUUGGUGAAAGGCAUUCAGGCAGAUGGUCUUUUAUGGGGUUCAUCGAAAUUAGUACCCGUCGCUUACGGUAUACAAAAGCUCCAAAUAUGCUGUGUUGUUGAAGAUGACAAGAUUGGAACUGAAUUCCUUGAAGAAUCUAUAAUGAAGUUUGAAGACCAUGUUCAGUCUGUAGAUAUUGCAUCAUUCAACAAACUGUAG